AUUUGAGUACGACUCAUCAUAGGGUGAUGAUUACAAUUAACGGUGGUGACAUCUUAGUGAACAGCUGUUUGCUGUUUGCUGUUUUUUUCCUCUUUGGUUUUGUAGUUUCACUGGUUUGUUUAGUUUUCAUAGUGGGAUGCGGCGCGGAGCAUCGCUCUGCUCAUUCCAGGACCGCGACAGACAGCUGCUCCGAUGAUGACGGCGCUUUGGUGGCAAAUUAAUUGACAGUGGAAAUCAAAAAGUGCAUCUGAGUCGGAGCGAAAACACACGGAAUCUCACGAGUAUCUUCAUUUACCGAAUUACCCCAAGGCUUUUUAUCCCAGCUUCACCGACACAGGAUGUCAUCCUCCGAAAAUGCUGCGUCACGUGAAGUCGGUGAAGCGUCAGCACCAUCGUCAGAGGCCGACCCCCUGAGGCUCGUUCUGUUGGGCAGGACAGGAACAGGCAGGAGCUCCUCGGGCAACACCAUCCUGGGCAGGACCGCCUUCUGUGUCGACACCUCCCCAUCUUCUGUGACCACACAGUGCAGCAGACGGACCGGGACAGUAAACGGGCGCAGCAUCUCUGUGAUCGACACGCCAGGGUUCUCCCACACACUGCUGCCCCCUCGGGAGGUCAUGGCAGAGGUGGGCCGGUGCGUUGUGCUGUCCUCGCCGGGUCCCCACGCCUUCUUGGUGACCCUGCGGCCCGGCAGGUUCACACAGGAAGAGAGGGACACCUUGGGGUGGAUCAAGGCAACAUUCGGGCCGAAAGCCACCAGCUUCGCCGUUGUGCUGUUCACCUGGGGGGACCAGCUGCGGGGCAAAUGCACCAAAGACUUCCUGGAGGAGAGCAAUGAGCUGCAGGAGUUUGUCAGCAGCUGCCAAGGAGGCUAUCAUGUCUUUGACAACAGUGAACAGGACAAGACCACAGGCUGCACACAACAGGUCGUACAGCUCCUGAAGAAGGUAGACAAGAUUGUGGCGGACAAUGGAGGCGGUGUCUAUAGCAACGAGAUGUUUAAGGAGGCCGAGAGGGCCAUCGGGGAGGCACAAGAGAGGAUUCUGGGAGAAAGGGGACAAAACUUGGAGUCUCCUCAGAAGGUGGCUGAAGUCAUAGAGGAGCAGGGGCCAGAGUUAGAGAGGAGGAGGAGUAGGAGGGAGGAGGAAGAGGCCAGGACCAGGGCCGAGAGGCUCUUCUGGUGCGAGCUGGGGACUGCGCUGGGGAAAGGUGCUGCCGAGGGGGCAGGCAUCAUGGGGAAGGACAAAGGGAAAGGGAAAGCUGUGAAGACGGUGAAGGUGGUGGAGAGGGCAGCAGCUCUGGCAGCAUCGCCGCUCUCCAUCAGUUCAGCUGCGAAGGCGGUGGGAGGCGCUGUGAGAGAGGGAAGCAAGGUGUUGUACAAGCACCGCAAAACAUUCCUGCACUGAUGGGAUUCUCGAUCUGCGAGGAAAUGCGGUGGUUUCUUUCCAGGAUACAAAGAAAUAGAGGGUCUGGUCUUUUAUGAACAUAGAGGUGAUUAAUUGUGAAAUAACUGCCACUGUGUAUUAUUCAUCUAAUUCUAUCAUUCUUUAACGCUGCCACAAUGCACCAGUAUGUUUAGACCAUACUGUUAAUGUGUGUGUGUGUGUGUGUGUGUAAGGGGAGUGUGCAGAGAGAAACGUAAACAUCCUGGUAUGUGUCAGUCCUCGUGAAUGGGCAAUAUAGAACAAAACCACACCUUUGAGUUGAGUGAAGCCGCAUGUUAUAAUAAAAGUAAUGUCAUAGAAAUGGUGUGCGAUUCAACUCCCUGUCAGUAACACAUUUAACAGUUUUAAUCAAAACCUUUCCAGAAAUUCAAGACGCUUUAAUGCCAUUUUCCCAUUUUUACUCACUGACACAACAGGAGAGGUACGACAAAACUCCACAAUAAUGUUUAGCCCUUUUUUUCCUCCCAUGAAGAAAUACAUUUUAAUACAAAAAGACGACGCAGAAUAGGAAACACUCAAAAGUUAACAUUCUCUGCGAUAAGUAAAAUAAUGUUUGCACAUAAUAGACAGUUAUUUAUGAAGUGUCUCAUUACAGAACCACAGGAGGAAGACACUGUGGAAGAUUAUAGAGAACACAUUAACAAAUACUACAAUUUUUUACUAGAAAUGUCGGGGAAGACUGAGUUUGGCAAAUGUGGUGGUGAAUAGAAGUGUCUGGGCACUCUUUUAGCUUCAACACUGGAUCUGGGUCUGAAAACUAAAGCUGCACACAAUUUGACAGAGUGCUGUACAAAAAUGCUUCUGUCAACUUCAGGCACAUUUUUGUGAAUUCAUCCUCUCGCUACCUAAAAGGGAAAAGUAAGGACAAAUACAGUUUCCAAAGUGUUAUUCACUCAGGGACACACUUCAAGUGUCACGUUUGCAUUUUAUAAAAUAAAAAAAAAAGCAUCACAAACUUA